UGUCCCCGUGACGAGGCAGCGCGGAGCGUCCGCCGGCCGGGCCCAUCCCGCCGCAGCGGCCCCGGGCCCAGGCAGGGGCGAGGCGGGCAGGGAGCGGCGCCGAGCGGGGCCCGGAGCGCGGCGAGAAUGGUGCUGGAAGGAAACCCUGAAGUGGGUUCCCCCCGAACCUCAGACCUCGGGCACCCCGGGAACAAGGGCUCUUGUGUCCUCUCAUCUGCGGGUGAAGACGCACAGCCCGGCGAGGAGCCCAUCAAGUAUGGCGAGCUCAUCGUCCUGGGAUGCUGUGAGGAAGGAGGUGAGGAAACCGAGGCUCAGAGAGGGGAAGUGACUGGCCCAAGGGCACACAGCUGCUACAACGGGUGUCUGGCAAGCGGAGACAAGGGCCGCCGGCGGAGCCGCCUGGCACUGAGCCGCCGGCCACAUGCCAACGGAGUAAAGCCGGAUGUCAUGCACCACAUCUCCACCCCGCUCGUCUCCAAGGCACUGAGUAACCGUGGCCAGCACAGCAUCUCGUACACGCUGUCCCGGAGCCACUCGGUCAUAGUGGAGUACACGCACGACAGCGACACGGACAUGUUCCAGAUUGGCCGCUCCACGGAGAACAUGAUUGACUUUGUGGUGACAGACACGUCCCCCGGAGGAGGGGCCGGGGAGGGCCCCUCGGCCCAGAGCACCAUCUCCCGCUACGCCUGCCGCAUCCUGUGUGACCGCCGCCAGCCCUAUACUGCCCGCAUCUAUGCCGCUGGCUUUGAUGCCUCCAGCAACAUCUUCCUUGGAGAGCGGGCGGCCAAAUGGCGGACACCUGAUGGCCUGAUGGACGGCCUGACCACCAAUGGGGUCCUGGUGAUGCACCCGGCGGGCGGCUUCUCCGAGGACUCGGCCCCAGGGGUCUGGCGGGAGAUCUCGGUCUGCGGGAAUGUGUACACGUUGCGCGACAGCCGCUCGGCACAGCAGCGGGGGAAGCUGGUGGAAAAGGAGUCCAAUGUGCUGCAGGAUGGCUCGCUCAUCGAUCUGUGCGGGGCCACGCUGCUGUGGCGGACGCCGGCAGGGCUCCUGCGGGCCCCCACGCUGAAGCAGCUGGAGGCCCAGCGGCAGGAGGCCAACGCGGCGCGGCCCCAGUGCCCCGUGGGCCUCAGCACCCUGGCCUUCCCCAGCCCGGCCCGCGGCCGCACGGCACCCGACAAGCAGCAGCCCUGGGUCUACGUCCGCUGCGGCCAUGUCCACGGCUACCACGGCUGGGGCUGCCGGCGGGAGCGGGGCCCCCAGGAGCGCGAGUGUCCGCUCUGCCGCCUUGUGGGGCCCUAUGUGCCGCUGUGGCUCGGCCAGGAGGCUGGCCUCUGCCUGGACCCCGGGCCGCCCAGCCACGCCUUCGCACCCUGCGGCCACGUCUGCUCUGAGAAGACUGCCCGCUACUGGGCCCAGACACCACUGCCCCACGGCACCCACGCUUUCCACGCCGCCUGCCCCUUUUGCGGGGCCUGGCUCACCGGCGAGCAUGGCUGCGUCCGCCUCAUUUUCCAGGGGCCACUGGACUAGGCUCUCCAGGGCCUCCUGCUGCUGCACCCGCCUGCCCACCCAGGGCAGCCACCUCCUGCAGCCCAGAGGACGCUCUGCAUGUGGGACUCGACCUGCUGGCAAGCGGCCACACCUGAUGGAUGUGUUGGAUGGGCUGUGCCCUCCCCCUUAACUCCGGCCCCCAAGGGGGUCCCCGAGAUCCCCACCCUAAUUGGACACACCAGCUCUGACCCAGGUCGAUGGAGGGAGGCCCACCCCAGGCCCCUGCCCCUUCCUGGGGCAUCCCACGUUUUGCCGCCUACACUGUGCCCCCUCCUGGGGGAGUGAAGGGGCCCAGGGGCCCCUGACCCCCAGCUUAGGCUGGCUGCACCCUGAGCCCGCCAACCCAGUUCCGGAUCUCCACCCUUCCUGCUGCUGCCCUGGGUUCCUCCGUAAACUGCGCUGCUCCGCUGCCCUCAAAUCCCGUGCGUCCUGCAUGCGUGCGAUGCCUCCAGUCCCAGAGCAGAGGUGGGUGGGCAGCGGGUUGCGCCCGGCACUUGCUGACACCCGCUGUGGGCAGGGCUCCAUGCCGAGUGGGCACUGGGAACAGGAACAAUCAGACCGAGUUCGCUGCCUGGUGGAGUUCAGUCUAGUGGAGGACAGACCACUUUGCCACAUGACAGCGUGGCUCCCUGGGUGCUGGAGUCGGAAUUUCUGGGGGCUGCAGAGCUGUUCUCCCUGGCUGGUGGAAAAGCCAGGGUUGGUGACCAGAGCUCAGCCCCUGUGGCUGAGUCAGAAUCCUCCAGGUCCACGAGGAUGGGAAGGGUGUUUGAGGCAGAAGGAAGAGCCUAUGCAAAGGCUCAGAUGCAAGAGGGAUUCAGAGUGUCUGCAGGUGGUGGAAAGAGGUUGGGGCCGUGCUGAUGGGGAAAGACGGUGGAUGGAGAAUUUUGAACCUCCUGGGGACAGCCUGGAGCCGAUGGAGGGAGGAGGCGGACUGAGGUCUUCAGAGCGUCAGCUGUGACACAAGGGCUACCGUUACUGAAUGCCCACCGUGCCCCGCACUGUGCUGAUGAUAAUAACUACGUUCAUUGAGCACUCACCUGGCGCCGCGUUCUGCUUCUCGGGCACGUUGUUUAAUCCUCACGGUGACCCAGCUGGGGAGGUGUUACUGUUUCUGUUUACAGGGAGAUUAAGGCACACGUCUGAAGUCACACAGAAAGUGGCCAAGCUGGGACUCAAAUGCACAGCUGCCAUCCUGGCCCCAGAGCCUGCCCUUUUCUUAGUGUGUGCCUCCCAUGAACAGGGGCAGGGGUGAGGCUGGAGAGUGGAUUUGUGGCCCCCCACCUGCUCAGUGCCCAGCCUUGUGAGGGGAGAUGUGAUCAGGUUGUUGCUUCCAGGACAUCACCCUGGCCACCGCAGGGAACCCAGUGGGGAGGCAGAGGUGGAUGUGGGAGCACUCCAGUUACAGUGCCCACACGUGCGCGCACACACACUAGGAAACCAGCUCUUACCUAGUUCUCUUUUCUGACCCUGAGAACCAGGUAGGGGAACUUUCCAGCAAGAAACCUCAGACAAGAGGAGAGACAGGCAGAGGCAGCACCUGUGGCCAAGCCUCAGCUCAGGGCACCAUCCUGGGCGCUGGGGAGCUCAGGGGUGCUGGUGGAGGGGAUCAGACAACCCCAGUCCUAGCCUAGCACUGCCCCUGUCCAGUUGGUGGAGCCUCAGUUUCCUCAAUUGUUAAAUGGGAAUAACAACACCUUCCUUACCAGGUGGUUGGUAAUGUAUGGAGUACACCUGUGAUACAGUAGGUGCCUGAAGCCAAGGCUGGGAAAGGUCCUGGGUAGAGUGCUCUGUGUGACUGUGGGGGGGACCGGGGGACAGUGUGGUAGAAGGCCUGAGUGGAGCUAGACCAGUUCAGAGACACCUAAGGAUCUCUGUGACCUUAGGGAAGUCAGUGAACCUUUCUUAGCCUCAGUUUACCCAUAUGUGUGAAGGGUAAAAUGGUUGUUGCAAGGAUUAAAUGAGAUCCUCCAUGUCAAGCUGCUGGCAUAGGACCUGACAGUAAAUGCUCAAAUUAGCUGUGAUCAUAGAAACAGGGCUUG